UAUAAACAUGUGUUUAUGUCUUGGUGCUUUGAAAUCUGGUAAAACGCUUCUGUUGAAACGUCUUCAAGGCGACGAAAUAGAUGAUGCGACUCACACAGUACAAACUAAUGGUAUCAAUUUAUUUACAGUAAAAAAUGAUACUGGUGAAUUUGACAUAAUUAUUAGAGAGAUUGGUGGUAAUAUGGCACCAAUAUGGAAACAUUACUUCGACAAGGUUUAUAAAUUAAUUUAUGUCGUGGAUACCAGUAAUCUUUGCCAAAUUAGUGCGGCUGGUGUUUUAUUGUACUCGAUAUUAGUUGAGCCAAGAUUAAAAAAUAUAAAAAUUGCAUUAAUUUUGAACAAGAUGGAUCUUUCUUACAGACAAAUGAGAAAUGAAGCUCUUCUAAUGCUUCAAUUUGCACGCUUGAAGAAAGAAAUUACUCAGGAGAUAAGUGUAAUUGAAACUAGUGGAAUAACAGGACAAGGUCUUGAAGACUUACGUAAUUGGUUAUUUGAUCCAUAUACUUUAAAAAUUGUAAAAAAUAGCAAAAAAUAAAUUAUCGCAAAGUAAUAGUAAAAGUCCUAUCUCCAAAUGGAUGACUCUCUUUAUUUACAUUCAAUCUUACAAAUAUGUAAAUUUAUUAUUAUAAUUCCAUUUAGCGGCUAAAACAGUCAUUUUAUUAAAACAAUUUGGUAAUAACACAAAUAUUUAUACCAUAGUACUUAUACAGUUGAAAACUGUUAAAUAAUGUCUAUUUAUACAGACAGUAGUAAUUGUUAGCAUGCUUUAAAACGAUAUCGAAAUAAGGGAUAGUGAGAAUAAUAAAUGAUAAAGCAUUGCAGUAUAGUUAAAUUUAUGGAAACAUCACAGAUACUUUUUUGUUCUGUUAUAAUAAUUUAUAUUUGGAAAUAAUGUAUAUUAUAAUAAGAAGAGAGAAAAAGAAAAAUAAUAUGAAAUUUACUCAAUUCAUAGGAAUCUAUCAAUACCAUUCAGUGCUUAUAAAAAUAUGUAGCAUUUAAAAAUGCCAAUAUUUAUUAUAACUGCAAAACUUGUUAAUUUUAGAGACGUUUUCUAUGGAAAGGAAACUUGUUUAAUUAUAAUACUUUUUCUAUUAUUUAAUGAAAACGUACAUAAUAAUAAAAAAGUUCUCAAAUAAAUUCUAUCCUUUAAGUAAAUGGAACUGUAUUUACAUUUUGUUCGUUUUAAAUUUAUCUUUUGGUAUAUUACCACAUAUAUACGUUUUAUAUACCACUGACUGUAGAAAUCAGUCAAACAAGUUUUUUAAUGUAUUCUUGUUAAAUCUUCAACAAUUUUUACGAGAUCAUCAACUGUUGCUUCUUUCUUCAUACCGCUACCAUCAUCGAUCUGAAUGGAGAUAAUGUAUUUCAAAAUGUAGAAAAUAAUGUUUAUAAUAUUU